UUCUUUUUUGCUCAUGUCUUGAACAAGGCUCGUUUUGCUUUGUCUUUCGCUGGGUCUUUAUUUUUGUUCGGCAAAUCCGUUGCAGGCCAACUAACGUGUGUACAUUGCUCGCUCAUUGAGGCGUCUUGCAAAAUCGUCGUCGGGCAUAGGGCGUCCAGCGUCAGAUUCGAAUCUUCUCCAGUGGUGCCAAAACUUUCUCCCAAAACUCGAGCUGCAGGGUGGCAUCAUCCGGCCCGCGCCCGCCUCUCUCUUCGUCCGACCCACCUGUCAAGCAGAAUUUUACUGCCGACGAGAACAUUGACCCUGCCUCUCCUUCGAGGAUGUUGAGCUUCUCCUCGGAAAGGAGCGUCUCGCGGACCGUCUUCGCCGCCGCCGCUUUGGGUUUUUGACCAUCGUCCAGGCCCAUGACCCGGUGGAUUGGCUGCCAGCUACCAAUUUCGAAGAGAACGACACCAAGGCUAUAUAUGUCGUACAGUUUACGGAACCCGUUCUUGCCCUCCCGCGGUACGUCGAAUUGGGUCUUUGGGUGUCGAUACAGCUCGUGCGACGGGUCCCCCGUAGGACGCUCCGUCGUUUCAUCAAGGCCGGCAGGCCGCGAGUAGUCAAAUCCCGCCAGUACCGGUGUCGACAGUGAGCCCUUCCCCGUGUCCUCAAAAAGGAUGUUGUCGCUUCGCAGUCCUUUAUGGAGCCACUCAGUCGAAUGAAGAUACCAGAUGGAGGCGGCAAUCAAGCGCGCCAUUUCAAGCCGAAUCGUGAGUGAUGGCUUCCUGAGUGUUGCAAGAUGCUCACGCAGCGAUGUUGGGAGCAUCGGCUCUGUCGGCAUACGCAUCUUAAAGACAAACCCCAAGCGGCACUCCAUGGGAUCUCGGACAUAUCCUAGGCAUUCGGGGACAUGAAACUCUGGCGGCUUCUCGGGGUCAGACAACAGUCUUGCCAUUUUCGCGACCCGUGUCAUCAACGUCGCCGGCGGCCCUCCAAUUUCAUCGUCGUCCUCGUCGGUGUAGACAGGCUGAUAGUACCGCCAUUCUAUCCACACCGGCUUUCCUUGGACGGUGGCACAUGACCUUUGGCCAUCCCGGGGAUAUACCGACCCAGACACCGGCGGCACUUGGAGGUCAUCGACCGACACCUCCAGCGCCUCUGCUGGUGGCUGCUUCCCAUCAAUGCUGUCACCCUGUUGCGUCCUGUCGGCUGAGAGGUUCAAGGCUCUGAACCGGGUUAGUCGAACAGCUCGCGACUCAUAAGCGUGCCGCUGCACAUGUGCGCGGUCGUUGCUGAUCUCCAUGGCACCCUCAGGGGCAACGGGCACCGCUGAGAGUGAUUUGACAAGCUCGAGCAGCUCGUCCAUGCGAUUGCUCACUUGAAGCACUUGCAUAAAAGUUACCUCUUGCAUCUUGAAGUGCUUCUCAAGCUCAUACGCGUUGAGAAACUGGGUCAUAUUCUCGUUCAGCAGUGUAAUAGUCGAGAGCAGCUCCUCGAACUUCCCCUUGUCAAAAGAUGCCCAGCGCAGCCGUCUCGGGCUCUUUCUAGUCUUGUCGAACAGUCGAACAGCCCUUUGCUCAAGCGUGACAAAGUGCUCUGGGAGCUUUCGUGGUUCCGGGGCGUCUUCGGCCUCAGCUUCAUCACUUUCGCUCUCAUCUUCCACCGCGACAAGAUGCAGGCUGUAGCGCUGGUUGAGCUUGGCCACAUCUAGGAGGAGCACUUGCAUCUCACGAAAUGCAUCCUGUAUGGUAUGUCGACUCAGUUUCAUCGUCGUGACCAGCGAGUCGUCGCUCUCCGAUACCUUGGCCAGCACUGCCCAGCCCAGGAGCUUGUCCUUUUCCAUUUGAAGUCGGACAAGUAGAUGGCGGUACCUUUUCGGCAUGUCUUUGGCGUCAAGGAGAAGAUUGUAACCUGAAACUCGAUUGAGCUUUCACCACAAAGAACAAGCGCAAGGAACGGCGAACCUUUGAUGCAGCCCGAGAAAAGUUCAAAGGUCAGCGACGCGACGCUCAGCGCCAGCCCCGCGACGCUGAGGGGGUCGGCCAUGUUGACUCCAAGUGAUGAAGCUCAGACUGGCUUCGUGUGUCCUGUGUACAAAUCUAGUGCAGGGCUUGCAUGGAAGAAGGGCUUGGGUCUCUGUCAGUUGGCAACAUGCGUUCUUAUUGGGCCCAGAUCUCAACGUGCAUGGUCCGGGCUGGUGCGGCUGACCUAUGCAGGAUGCCUCACACGAACGCCCCGAGUAGAGAGUCAGCAUCCGAAUUCUGACAUUGCAGCCAGGCCUUGUUUGAGCUUGGAGACUCUGCUGGCAACCGUCAAUGUACCCUGACGGCUAAACUGGAUGCGCGUCCGGUGGGCAAAUCUCGAACAAUCUUGGGCCCUCCAGUAGCGGCCAGACGAGCGGCAAGGGUUCCUCCAGGCCCACCAACAAUUGAUCCCGUGGCUCGCAACGACAUGUCACCGGCUCGCUGGGCGGUCGGCAUCGACCUCGGGACAGCAAACACUCGUGUCGCGGUCUAUCGCGCCGGCAGGCCUACCGUUGAGAUUGUCCCGGCAGAGGAUGGCAGUAACUUCUUUCCCUCCUACAUCUCCAUCAGCGAAGAUGGGCGCCUCAUCGGCGCACAAGCCAAAAGAAGAGCCUUGGCCAACCUCUCGGGUACCUUUUGCCAUAUCAAAAGUCUCCUCGGGACUCGAUUCUCGACUCCCAACCUGCCCCCGUACGCGCCGAUUCUCCCCUUUGAUAUCUUGAGUGGAGAUGGUGGCCCCCUUGCCAGCAUUCGACCCCGGCAACUAGACGCGCGGCCGAUCAGGAGCGUUGAGUUGCUUUCGAUGCUUCUGGGCCGCGCAAAGAGCCAAGCAGCCGCAUACCUGGGAGAAGCUGUUCAUGAGGUGUCAAUCAGUGUUCCGGCCUUGUUCAACCAUGAACUUCGGCGGGAAGUCAGCGAUGCCGCCGAAAUCGCAGGCCUCAAAGUUCUAAGCCUUACGACAGAGCCAUGUGGCCUUAUCCUCGCGGCUAUGGCAGGUCUUCAGAUGCCGGGAGUUGAGACGAAUGUAUUGGCGCUCGAUGUCGGGGCCAGUUACUGCAAUGUCGCCUUCGCAACCUUGGAGGAAGGCAUCGUCGAGAUCAAAGCAAUGUCCUCUGACAUGGUCGGAGGCAAUGAUUUCAAUCACGUAUUAUUCAAGCACCUAUUGCAGUUGGCCGAAAAGAAAGGGCUGAAGCCGCGCAGGAGCAAGCGGGCGAUUCAUCGACUACUCAUGGCAAGCGAGGCGGCCAAGAUUGCUCUAUCUUCGUCAUACAAGCAUACCGUGGAGCUGGAAUCCCUGAUGAACGGUCAAGAUUUCACUGAGACAGUCACCCGCGAGACAUUUGAGUCGCUGUGUGGGCAUCUGUUCAAUCAGAUAACGGCCACCGUCGAUAACAUGCUCGUGCAGUCCAACUAUGCUCGUCUUGGUGUCUCCUACGUCUUUGCUGGCGGCGAGUCUGCGAGAAUACCGAAGCUUCAAGACCUCUGGAAAAAGAAUUUCACGCAGUCAAUGAUUAAAUACGUCAACGUGGGAGACGCCGGAGCCAUCGGACUGGCCCUGCAGGCUGGCGUGAUAAUCGGGAUGGAUGUACAGACGCAUCCUAUUCAGGACCUGUUGCUUCUGGAGGUGGCGACUCAGCACAUCGGCGUCGAAACGACGGGGGGAACGAUGACCAAGUUGAUCUCGAGAAAUGGAACGGUUCCGUCAAAGUACCAAGAAUCGUUCUGGUGGAACGUCAAGCAAGAAUGCCUCGAGGUCAUCAAACCGGCCCCCCUUUCCGGUGAGCAAGCCCGACCAGUUCAAGCCAUGCCUUCGCACGGGGCGUUGCGCGUCUAUGAAGGGAACAGGACCAAGACCAAAGACAACAGGCGGAUUGGGACAUUGGAUCUCAUGCCGCUGUUUGCACACGUCGCGACGGCAAACUUCGUGCUGCAAGUGGAAAUCGACAUCGACGCUCGUCACGCCAUCAGUGUCAAGGUUUCCAUCCCCGGGACGCAGGCUCACAUAUCGAAAAGUAUAGAUACCGCUGGUGCCUUGAGCGACUCUGAAAUGCAGUCACUGAAAGUGUAUGCGCAGAAGUUUGCGGCCGACGACUCAGCAGAGGCUGCCAGAGUUGCGAGUCGCUGUGACUUGGAUGGGCACGUCGCAAAAUGCCUGGAACUUCUGGAUGUGACCUCGGCGGACGCGGACCCGUCCCUGUUGGACACCGUCAUGGCGAUAAGAGCGUGGGCAGAAGACAAUCCUGACGCAACGCAUUGGUCGUUGGUGGUCAAGCGGCAUGAGCUCGAGGAAAUCGAGGCGAAGAUCAGGCCUCUGGGGGAAGCCAAAACAGCUCAAAAGUCGGAAAAGCGAGGCUCCGGUGCUCCCCAAGAGAGAGUCGUGCCUGACAUUGGUAACCCCGCUGUGGGAGGAAGCACGUCGCGAUCCGUCGAGGCCAAUGACGCCAGGAUGACAAGUCGUAAGGCUAGCGAGACACACGCAGAUGGAGAGCAGGCACCGACAGUCGUGAAAUUUCACGACGCGGACGACGCGGUCAGGCCAUCACCCGUCCCGAGGAAGAAAAAAGUACCAAAGGGAGUGGCGGAGAAGGGUAAUUCGAAGCCAGCAGCACCGGAAGCCGUGGUCGUGAGCGGCCCCAACUCGUUGGAUCCGGAGCGAGAGACAACCUCUCAGCGAGUUGGGGAUGCGCCUUGGAAGAAUGAAAGUCUGACAGUCGACUCUGGCGUCGGGGGGCUCGAAGAGACUGUGAAGAAGAAGCCGAGGGCUCAAUCCGCAGACGAGAGCGAGGCAGAGUCCGGUGUGCCUGGGAACGUGGACGUUUCAAGCACUGAGUUGACCGUGGUCACCAGCAGCUCCGGCUUGGACGCAUUCUUCUCCUCGUCGACGAGCAUGGCUGUGGCAUUCACGGACUCGGACUUUUAUCGAAUGUCAACCUACCUUCGAAACACGGGCAACGCGGCCUGGAGCACAGCCCCAAGGCUCUACACUGUCCUUCGCGUGAUAGACCAGCUUGAGGCCAUGGAGACAUUCUUGCGCUUGGGGAUCAACGACAUGUGGUUUCCUUUCACGACCAGCACGUUGCCAGCAGCACUGCAACCGUCAAUACAGGCUCGGUUCUUGGACCGGCAAAAUGUGGCGUACUCACAAUCCAAGUCGUUUCAGCUGGAGAAUGGCGAGCAAAAGCACGCAUACUUCUCAAAGGACGACCCAUUGCCGUUCAGGGUCAUUGCGAGGUUGGGACGUGGCGCCCACGGGUCGGUGGACAAGGUCAUGAGCAACUUUAGUCAACGAGAGUAUGCGCGGAAGCUCUUUCGCAAGUCGAGGGGUCUACGGGCCGAGGACGUGCAGACAUUUCGAACGGAGCUCGGCAUCCUCAAGAGACUGACACACCGGCAUUGCGUGUCUCUGGUGGCGACGUAUUCCGAUCCCAAGUAUUUCGCGUUGCUCAUGGAGCCCGUCGGAGACCACAACCUAGCUGAAUACUACGCCAGAUGCGCAAACGAGCCCGACAAGCGCACGCUCAUGAGGAGCUUCUUUGGGUGCCUCGCGAGUGCGGUCCAGUACCUGCACGAUUCCAAGGUGCGACACCGCGACAUCAAGCCGCAGAACAUCAUUGUCCGCAGCGACCAGGUGUACCUUGCCGACUUCGGCAUCGCCCACAGCUGGGAGAACCUGACGAGGGCCACGACGACGGCAGACUCGGGGAAGACGAUGAUUUACGCGGCGCCUGAGGUCGUCCGGGUGGAGCGGCGCAACACGGCUGCAGACAUGUGGUCGCUGGGUUGCGUCUUCCUGGAGAUGGUGACGGUGCUCAAGAGAAGGACGACACAGGAGCUGAGGGCGUAUUGCAUGGAGCAGACCGACACGCCCUCCUUUCAUGCAAAUGGGGAGAGUAUGCUGGGGUGGGCGGAUGAGCUUCGACAGCUGGUACCCCUGGGAGAUAACGCGGCCGUCGGAUGGGCGCUCGAGAUUCUGCAGCACGACCAGCAUGCUCGACCGACGGCUGCCAGUCUGUUUGAAGGGAUUACGCGGGAGUCGAUUUCGUGCGGGACCUUGUUUUGCGGGACGUGCUGCGACGGCGUGGAGUCGACGGAGGGGGAGGAAGACGAUGAGCACUUGUGGGGAGACGACGGGCUGUGAGGGGCAUUGCUUUGGAGUUUUUAUUUUGUUUUCUUUCCAUUCUGUGGCUUCAUGUGAGACGACAUUUUGAAUGGCCGGCUGAGCUUACAGGCAGGUCUCUAUAUGCGAACGCAAUCUCAACCUCGACGCACGUCUCGUCCCCAAGGGUGCGCAGUUCUACAAGCUGUUCUCAAUGUCCAUGGCCUCCUUGAUGCCCUCUUUGAUGGCGGCGACGGCGGCCUCGUCGAGCCUCUUGAGCGGGCGGCGGGGGUAGCCGCCGUAGCCGUAGUAGAGCUGGAGGGCCUGCUUGGUGCCGGCGAUGGCGGCCUUGGUCAGGGGCCAGUCGCAGCGGCUGAGGACCUUUUGCAGGGCCUCGGCCUCGUCUCUCUUGCCCUGGGCGGCGAGGUCCCAGACGCGGACGCAGAGCUUGGGCAUGACGUUUGCGCCGCCGGCGAUGACGCCGCUGCCGCCGCUGACGAGGGUCUGGAGGGUGAAGUCGCAGAUGCCGCCAAAGGCCAUGUAGCCGGAGCCGGAGCCGCGGGGGGUCUUUGCGUCGAGGGUGGCGGCGACGCGGGUGAGCUUGCCGGUGCUGCCGCAGGUGAACUUUGUGCCGCGGAUGUUGGGGUGCGCGCGGGCGAGGCGGACGAGAAGGUCGCUGUCGAGGUCUAGGCCCGCAACGGCGCCGGGGUAAUUGUAGACGAUCACGGGAAGGGGGCUGGCGUCGGCGACGGCGGUGAAGUAGUCGA